UUCAGAGUACUGUGUUAGCCAACCAAGCAGCAGUGUUUUUCUCUUGUACCAAAUCAGCACCAGUCACUAGCAACUAGCCAGCUAACAUUAUUUUUCUCUCAUAAUAAAUCAGCACCAGUCACCAGCCAUAGCCAGUUGAAUAGAGGCAUAAGAUUUGUCUGAGUUCUUACCUCGUAACAAGCCGACUCCUUGAGAUGGAGUGAUUGGUGGCCUGAUUGCUGGAAUGGCAGACGGAGCUUUGUUCAUAAAUCCUUCUGUUUGCACUGAGCUAGUGAAUUCUGCAUAUUUGGAGAACAGUGUGUUGGCGGCUUGGCGCUCCCUGAAUUCACUCACGUCCAUGUCCAUUUCCUCGCACCUUUUUUUUUUGAUAAAAUCCUCGCUCCUUUUUUCAUCUUGUGCAACGUGGCAAAUUGUUGGAAACCAAGUAUGCGAGAAAUCAGGGGCUUGGCCCAUCUACAGACUCAUGCGGUCCACUAUCUUUUUUUUAAAAAAUCCGAACAAAAGAAGAAGAUCUUUGUUCAAAAAAAAAAAGAGAAGAAGAUCAAGCCCAUCUAGACCAAGCCCAUACCAGGUCAAAUCGCUUCUGCGUCGGCCCACGAAUAAAUCCAAUCUAGCUAGGGGCGGGGAAAAACUUGCGCUCCCGCCCGCCUCUCUCGCGUCUCGCCCACCAACCCCACCCAGCCGCGCUGCGAGAAACGAAUGACCCCACGCGCCCCGCGCCGCCAAGCGGCAAUCGCCAACUCGAAAACCACCCACCAUUCCAAAGGUCUCAAAUUUCGAACGCCCCCGGAGCAGGCCACGAAAUUCCCCCGAAUCCCUUCCGAACGGCCGGAUUUCGAAAUCCAAAAUCCUUCCACGCCGCGCGGCCGCGUCUCCUCCCUCCCCCCUUCUUAAAUUUCGAACCCUCUCCUCCGUUCCGGCCUCACACGAAUCGCGCAGGCUCCUCCCCACCCCUCCUCGCCCCUUCCAAUUCCCCAUCCCGGGCGCCCGCCGGCAGGCGGCACGGCAGCGACCCGCCGAUGGCGAGCGACGAGGCCGGCGGCGGGAUGGACGCGCUCCCGGACGGCGUCGUGCAGCACAUCCUCUCGCAGCUCAGCAGCGCCCGCGACGUGGCGGCCUGCGCCGCCGUCGCCCGCUGCUGGCGCGGCUGCGUGCCCUACCUCCCGUCGCUCUACUUCCCGCGGGGCGCCUUCGAGGCCGCCGCGGCGGGCGGCGGCGGGGCGGCCGCCGUCGCCGCGGCCGACGACACCAUCGGCCGAAUGGUCGCCGCCGCCGCGCGCCUCGAGGAGCUCGUCGUCUACUGCCCCUUCUCCGCGUCGCUGCUCCCGCGCUGGCUCGCGGCGCGGGCCGCCACGCUGCGCGUCCUCGAGCUGCGGGUGGACUCCGCCGCCGACAAGUCGGGCCACCACCUGGACUGCGUCGGCGUCGCCGAGGGCCUCGAGGAGCUCCGGCUCUGGGGGCCCACGAUGGCGGCCCCGCCCGCGUGGGGCCGGAUGGAGCGGCUCCGGGUGCUGGAGAUGGUCGGCGCCGUGCUCGGGGAGGCCGCGGUCAACGGCGUCCUCGCCGCCUGCCCCAACCUCACCGACCUCGCGCUGCUGGGCUGCGAGUGCGCUGGCGAGGCGGCCAUCUCGCUCCCCCUGCUCGAGCGCUGCCGCCUCGACUUUGUCGGCGCCGGGAACUGCUCCCUCAGGCUCGCCGCGCCCCGCGUCGUGUCCCUCGAGGUCCAGGGAUUCUGCUGGAUCUCGCUGCAAGGCGGCGACCGCCUCAAACACCUCACAAUCUCCAAGACCACCGGGAGUUUGUAUCAUGUCGAGAUGGGGAAGCUCCCGGAGUUGGUCCAGCUCUCGCUGCGCGGCGUCCAGUGGAGCUGGGGCGCCAUCAGCUCGGUCCUGCAGUGCGCGACCGAGGUGAAGCACCUGGUGAUGAAGGUUGAGUUCUGCGGCGAUUUUGACACCCUCCAGCCGUUCCCGGAGAUCGAUCUCGUCGAAUUCUUCAACAGCUACCCGAAGCUUUGCAAGUUCGAGAUCCACGGCGCCAUGUUUGCUGCGCUGUGCCAGAAGAACAGCUUGAAGAAUUUGGAUUCAAGGUUCGUGAUACCUUGCUUGGAGCAGGUCCUGGUCACCGUGCGGUCACCUCUGAAUGCCGAGCAGAAGCUGAGCACCCUCGAGUCCCUAGUCAGGUACAGCCCGAGGCUACGGAGGAUGACCAUUAGGAUCUCGCAGAUGAAGAAUUGCCAUGACUCUGCUGAUGAUUUCUUUGAGGAGAUUUGCAAGUUCACUCGCAUGAAUAGCGGGAGAGUGUGCAUAGAGUAGAAGAGGUGCUGCAUUGUGCCUUUCUUGAAGUGAGUUGCUGCUGAAUUGAGGCAAUUUAACUCAAUGCUGUUUGUUUAGGACGAUUUAUUUCAAUAAUUCAUGGUGAUAUUUGUUGUUCAUCUGACCUCCAAUGUGUCUGGGCUUCAGCAUGUCUGGAGAUCAUUUGGUUCAAUUUUUCAAUAGUGCAAGUUUUGUACUUGCAAAAUGCACUGUUCUUUGUUUCCUGAAAUGCAAUAAACGUCAUUGCUUUGCACA